CCCUUCUAUAAAUAUCAAACCUACCCUUCUUUUCAUUCCAAUCCCUCACACUUCCUAUUCCAUUCCUUUUCACAUAAUUAACCAAACCUCAUAAAAAACGCACAGAUUUGUCUAUUAACAAUGGUAAUGAAAACAGAGAUGACCAGAGCUGAAUCAGAUGGAAGUGGAAUCAGUGCAGGCAAGAAGCUAUCAGCUCAAACACCUUCAUCAGUCAACAAAAAGAUGAAGAAAUUCAAAGGAGUCCGAAUGAGAAGCUGGGGCUCAUGGGUGUCCGAAAUAAGAGCUCCCAAUCAGAAAACAAGAAUCUGGCUCGGCUCCUACUCAACCGCAGAGGCUGCAGCCAGGGCUUAUGACGCAGCACUUAUUUGUCUAAAAGGCCCUUCAGCCAAUCUCAACUUCCCAGCAUUCUCUCAGCAGCACUUCACUCCUUACAUCAACGACCAGAUCACCUCCAUGUCGCCGAAAGCCAUUCAGAGAAUCGCCGCACAAGCCGCCAACACUUUUCUCGACAAUGCCACCCCCCUCCCGUCCCCGCCGCCGCUCUCCUCCGCCUCCUCCGCCUCGUCUUCACCGUCGAACAACAUCGAAGAUGACGUGUCAUUAGCCUUUGAGGAUCACUACAAGCCUGACGAAACGGUUAUGAAUGUGAAUGCGCCGUGGAUGUUUAACAACGACUUUGGGUCGUUUAAAUUCAGGGACAUGAUCGAUGACAUGCUGUUAUUCGACGAUCAGCAACCAUCGAUGAUGAUUAAUCAUGAUCAUGUCUACGAAGGCGAAGAAGAUCUUCGUCUCUGGGAUUUCUGCUAAAUAAUUUUACUAAUUUAUUAUUAUUUUAUUCAUUGGAUGAUUUUCAGUAAAUUGGUUGAAGACAUCACUGACAGUAACAAUAUUCGAACUUGUGGUAUUUCGAGCAUAGGGGGAGACAUUUUUUUGGACUGUCCCAUGUGAGUUGUUAGCUAGAUAUUCAAUUUAUUAUUAAAUAUGGAUACGUUUUUUUUAUUCUCGAAUAAGUGUGACAUAUCGUUAUCUUUAUGAAUUGUAAAAUAGUGGAAUAUUUUAUAUAAGUGUGUUGUGUA